AUUAUUAGUUUCAGACACGCGCACACACACACACACACAAACCUACACACAGAAUAAAAAGCAGAGAAACCAGCAGAGUUUCUCUCAGAAGUCUCAUUGCUGGCAUCGCACGUGUGUUUGACGGAGACGUCACAUCAUCAGCAGCCGAUAUUCUGAGCCGGGGAAACUGAUGAAGGAUGUUUGUUUGUCACCGACCAAUCACACUCCUGCUGCUCCGCCUCUUUGGCUCAGUUGCCUCACUCGCCAUUCAUACACCUGCUCCACCUCUUCCUUCACAAAUCUUCCCCGCCUCAGCCUUUCCAUCAAAUGUUCCAUCCUUCCCCUCCUCUCCUGGCGUCCCACCCUCCAUCCCUCCCUUCAGCAGCAGCACCGCAGAGUCGACAAGAGCCCGCUGCCCUAUGACGACGUCACCCUCCUCUGUGGUGGUCAGGUUUGAAGAUCCAGUCACAGUCAACUGCUCUGUACCAGAGACGGGUUUCUCUCUCCUGGGAUGGGUAGUCUCACUGCUCAAGGAAGCUCCUCCGCCCACGAUGGAACGCUCCCUGGUCUGGAGUGUGAACAGUGUGACUGACUGGAAAAUCAAUUCCACGUGCUAUGCACUGUCUGAUCACGGGGGGCAGUGCUCCAUCAAACUACCCAUAAUAGUCUACAAGCCUCCCGACAACGUGUCCAUCAGCCUUGGUAAUCACUGCGGCCCGAUGCUCGAGGCUCAUCGGUACACUCUUCACUGCGAGGUGCAGCGCGUCGCUCCGGUCGGACGCCUCACUGUCACGUUCUACAAGGGACAGACGGCACUGCGUCAACUACGCUCCAACAACACAGAGAAGGAACCAGUGACUGAGGUCUUCACCGUGGACAUUGUCCCCAGCAAGGAAGACGAUGGAGUCCAAUACUGGUGUGAAGCCACGCUGGAACUGGGACCUGAAGGGCCACGGCGUCCCCCUGUGAUGAUGUCACAAAAACUCAAUGCAUCAGUGCACUUUGGCCCACAGCUCAUUUGCCCUGGAAAGCUGCAGGUGAGAGAGGGAGAGCGUCUCCUCUGCGACGUGACGGGAAACCCUCAGCCAUCGGUCAUCUGGUACAGAGAUGGACAGGCGGUUGCUCUGCCCACUCGAUCCAGCAGAAACCAUGCUGGGAAAUACAUGGUGUGGACAAAAGGACAUCUGGGACAGAAAAACUUUACAGUGGAGGUGGAAGUCCUUGGCAGUGUUGGAACUGCCAACAGCUGUAAUAGAUGUUUCCUUUCAGCCGUCCUCGUUAUUCAGAUGAUCACCUGGCUGUGAAACCUGUGUCAUCUGUCCUUUCAUGCUGUUUGGAUGAACUGUUUCCCGAAGAGGAAACCUCGUCUCUCGACCCCCCCGCACACCAAACACACACACACACAAUGGAUCAGUUUUGAAUGUGUUUUUUUCUUUUUUUUGUGCAUUUUCAUGUUCAACUUUCUAAACAUGGGGAUCAGUGAAGUUCUCCGCUUUGCUUGAGAGCUUCUGCUCAGGUACACUUUCUUUUUUGUUAUUAAACCACAAGUCACCAUUGACAUUGUUGUUUUUGUUGUUCUGAGACAACGGAAUGCUUUAGAAAGAUCUACAAUCACGUGCAGUGUGAUGGCUGAUUUUGGAAUAAAGGACUUUUUGUAAAUAUUUUUAUGAGCCAGUGGGACUUCAUAGCAUCUGCCUGAUGGCAAUAACUGAAAGGAGGGAUGUAGGGCGUGAGGUGGGUCCAUCAGAGUGGUGUUUAUGGAGAACCUAUGAUUUUGCUGGCCUGACUGACUAUGUAGAAGAGUAUUGUUACUUCACCCCACAAAGUGAGAGUGAAGUAUUGUUUUUAGUGGCAUGUCUCUGUUUGUGUCUGUUUGUGAAGUCUGCCAUCUCUGAUUGCCUCGUUUUAUUUGUGGAGAGGGAACCGUACCAGGAUGAAAUGUUAAAUGACAACGGAUUUAACGAGUGUAAACCAGUGUUAAAAUGUGUGCCGACAUUUAAAGUCCUCAGUUUUCUCAGCAG